GAGAGAGAGAGAGAGAGAGGUGGAAGUGCAGGAGCUGAUAAGGUGGGGUGGUGGGGAGAGUGCUAGUGCUAGUAGCAGGAACGAUGAACAUGCGAUCAUCUACAACUCUCUCUCAACUCCACACAUAGAGUCCCCACAAUGCCCUCUGCAACUGCUGCUGAUCUAGACUACACUCCUCCUGAUGGAGGUUGGGGCUGGGCUGUAGUGUUUGGAUCAUUCCUGUCCAUUGGCUUUUCAUAUGCCUUCCCCAAAUCCCUCACCAUCUACUUCAAGGAAAUCCAGGAGUAUUUCUCCAUCUCCUACAGUGAGAUUGCAUGGGUCUCCUCCAUCAUGCUGGCUACCAUGUAUGCUGGAGGGCCGGUGAGCAGCAUACUCGUCAAUCGUUAUGGGAGCAGGCCGGUGGUCAUUAUUGGUGGCCUAAUGGCUGGGGUCUCCAUGAUUGCUGCUUCUUUUGGCACAACCAUCAUGCAUCUGUACAUAUGUGUAGGAGUCAUCGGAGGUCUAGGCCUUGCCUUUAAUCUGCAACCUGCCCUGACCAUUAUUGGGAAAUACUUUCUUGUGAAACGACCCAUAGCAAAUGGUUUGGCCAUGGCAGGAAGUCCAGUGUUUUUGUGCACUCUGGCUCCACUCAACCAGUUUCUGUUUGACAAUUUUGGCUGGCGAGGAAGUUUCUUCAUCUUGGGAGCCAUACUGCUCAACUGCUGUGUGGCAGGAGCACUGAUGAGGCCUAUUAAGAUAAGAAAAAGGCCAUCGCAAAAUCAAAACAGUGCUGGUAAUGGAGCAGAAAAAGAGAAUAGUCAUUUUCAGAAAGCUAGCUUGGUUAGUGGAAAUCAACAGACAAAGCAGACAGGAUGUGCAUCAUGUGUGAACAAAUUCAUUGACCUCUCACUCUUCAAGCACCGUGGUUACCUUAUAUACCUGGUGGGGAAUGUUGUGAUGUUCUUUGGGUUCUUUGCUCCAGUCGUGUUCUUGGCGCCCUAUGCCAAGCACCAGGGGAUUGAUGAGUAUUCUGCAGCCUCCCUGCUCUCUAUUUUUGCCCUGGUAGACAUGGUGGCUCGGCCAGCAACUGGCCUAAUGGCCAACACAAAAUGGAUCCGGCCAAGGAUUCAAUACUUCUUCAGCUUUUCUGUGGCAUAUAAUGGGGUGUGUCAUUUGGCAUGCCCUCUUUUACCUGGGUAUGCAGGUCUGGUGGUAUAUGCCAUCUUCUUUGGGCUGGCCUUUGGAAUGCUGUGUGCACUGCUUUUUGAGGUGCUAAUGGAUUUGGUAGGGGCACAACGAUUCUCCAGUGCAGUUGGACUUGCCACUAUUGUAGAAUGUGGCCCUGUUCUCCUUGGCCCCCCAAUUUCUGGUGCAUUGGUCGACAUCUUCAUGGACUAUAAGUACAUGUACUUUGCAUGUGGCAUAAUGAUGCUGGUCCCUGGAGUUUUCCUAUUCGUUAUGAAUUUUUUUAACUACAGAUGGUUAGAGCAGGAGCAGCAUAGGCAGAAGCAGGAUGAUCUGCAGAUUGGUUCAGCCAAAGAACUUGCUGCAAUGUACAAGAUCAAUGAUACUGAGCAAGACAUUCAGGAAGAUUAAUUUAUGGACAAAGAAGCGUAAUGCUAUGCACGUAGGUUUUAAGUUGAAAGAGCAUUUGUCAAUAUAUUUAGAUACAAAUUUUAUAUUGGUAUAUACCUUAUAAGUUAUAUGCUGCGUAAGAUUAGUGUUAUAUUUACAGUGUAUAUAAAAAGUCUACACACUCCGUUAAAAUGACAGGUUUUUGUGAAGUAAAAGAAUGAAACUAAGACAAAAUCAUGUCAGAUCUUUCCCCACGUUUAAUGUAAAUUUGCAAAAUAUUCAAAUAAAGUGAAAAACAAUCAGAAAAUUGUACGUCACAAAAACCUGCCAUUUUAACAGGGGCGUGUAGACUUUUUAUAUCCAUUGUAUAUUUGUCAUGGACCCCUUCCCAGGCAGCUCACUCACAACACUCAGUCAUCCCUGAGUACUAAUUCCUGGAGUUUUAUUAUUUAAACUCUCCAGUUAUUCUUUGUGAAACUUUGCUCCUUACCAUGAGCUUAUCUUUCACACUUCUGUCGAUGCUUUCUACCAUAUUAACAGUGUGUAUUUGUUUUUGUUUAUUUGCUCUAAUUUUUUCACCUUGCAUUUUGAUCUUUGCAUUAAACUUCUUGCACACGUGUUCUA